AGCAAAGUAUCAAGUAAUGUACAAUAGUCACUCACAUUGAGUUUCUGCUUAAACAUCCAUCCAUGGAUUUUCCAUUUCAGUUAUUCUUUUUAGGGUCUUUUUUUGACCCGCGAGGGUCAUCGAGGUCCCAUAUACGAUAUCUGCUUUGUUUGAAACAACACGUGAAGCGCUUAGCACGAUGAGCCCGUGAACAAAUGAGUGCAAACGUCCUUUCCAUUAAGAGCAACCUUCAGUGCUGUUCGUCGCACUUUGAAUGAAGUAAAGCUGUCCCGUUGACGACACCAAUCACUUCUAGGUUUCCUUUUUGCGCAAACUUUUCUCACCUUCCCCUUGAGCUGAUCCAAAACACACCUUCCCCCAAAGAAAUGAUGAAUUUGUGACGUUGUACCUUGAUGGUCUUGAUGCAGAAUUGUCGGAUUUAUGUUCAGUGGGUGCCGGCGUCAAAGCGCAGUAUGAGCCCGAGUGGCAAACUUCUGUGCAGGACUCUCUUAUUUCCGACCAUUUGAACAUUUGGAAGAUGCUAAUGGUGCAUGUACAUUCAAUAUGCCUUUUUGUUUACAGGUGCUGAUCAGAUGUAAAAUGGAAUGAGUAUCAGUAUUUGCCCCUGUUAUGAGAACACAGCAAUAGUGAGCUAUUUCGAAGCCAUCCCGUGGCACUGCAGUGACCAGUGUGUGUUUUUUUUUUUGGUGGGGUCCAGGCUUGGCUGCGUCAGCCCUUCUCACGGCUUGCUCCCCCCGGGCACCAGCUGCUUCUGUGGCCCACCGUGCCCGUCUCACUGCUGUCAUCUCACUGCAAAUACGACAAUAUUCCAUUUGUGUGCUUCUCAUUUGGCAUGUUUGCGUUUGAAAUGUUUCUUCUUACUGCAAACCGCAUUUUUGGAUGAAGAUCACUUUUAUUUGAAGAAUAAUCACAGUAUAAUUAAUACAUGUGCAGUAUGUCUUAAGUAAUACUGUAUAAUAAUUUCAUCCUGAUGUAUGUUGCAAAAUCACGCCAUGCGAGAAGCUGCGCUUUGCAGAGGCUUGUUAAACCUUCUCCCUGUCUCGUCCAAUGACCUGCAAUCCAGUUUACCCGCAACAUGGCAAGAGGCCGCAUCGCUUAUUUCUGCCUUCAUCUCAUCAAGUCUUUAUGAAGCACGGCCGCCAUGUUCGAAGAGAUCCGUUCGGGAUAGUUUUUGUCAACAACACUCCCAUUGAACGAUAAGAUCCGUGAAAAGCGAGCAAACACAUCUUGGCAAGCAGACUUGCCCGCCCGAGAAAUUCGACUGCGGGGGAUCCAAUAAGUGUGUCUCAUUGUCGUGGAGAUGCGACGGCGAGAGGGAUUGCGAGAACGGGGCGGAUGAGGAGGACUGCGCAUCGGACGCCAAAGCCUGCCCCGCUGGCCAGUUCAUGUGCGCCAACCGAAAGUGCUUGGCCGCCGUCCACGUGUGCGACGGCGACGACGACUGCGGAGACGGCAGCGACGAGCUCAAGUGCGCGUCGCCUCUCACCUGCGGGCCCAACCAACUCGGCUGUAACAAUUCCGAGUGCGUGCCGCUCAUGUGGAGCUGCGACGGCGAUCCCGACUGCGCGGACGGUUCGGACGAGGGGCCCGAGCGCUGCGGCGGCGGCGGCGACGGCGUCCACCUGGCUAACCGCAGGGCCGCCUGCACGGCCCAGGAGUUCCGCUGUGCCAACGGGGAGUGCGUACGGCUAAGCUGGAAAUGCGACGGCGAUCCCGACUGCAAAGACAAGUCGGACGAGUCGGACUGCCCCCUGCUGACUUGCCGACCUGAUGAGUUCCAGUGCGGUGAUGGUUCUUGCAUCCACGGCACCAAGCAGUGUAAUAAGGUCAACGACUGCCCCGAUCACAGCGAUGAAUCCGGCUGCGUCAAUUCCACCAAAUGCGGGGGCCCCCUGAAGUUCUUGUGCAAGAACGGGGAGUGUAUUGAUAGUUCCAAAGUGUGUGACUCUGUCAAGGACUGCAAGGACAGAUCAGAUGAGCCCAAGAAAGAGUGUGGUCUUAACGAGUGUAUGAUGAACAACGGCGGCUGCUCCCACGUCUGCAUGGACCGACCCAUCGGGUUUGAGUGUCAGUGCCCCGCCGGCUACCGGCUACUGGACAAGAAGACUUGUGGAGACAUUGAUGAGUGUGAGAAUCCGGACGCCUGCAGCCAAAUCUGCAUCAACUACAAGGGGGAUUUUAAGUGCGAAUGCUAUGAAGGCUACGAGAUGGAUCCCGUUACAAAGACCUGCAAGGCAGAGGGAAAAAGCCCUUACCUACUGUUCACUAACCGACAUGAGAUCCGACGUAUCGACCUGGUGAAGAGGGACUACAGCCAGGUGGUUUCAACCCAGAAGAACACUGUGGCUCUCGACCUGGACGUGGCUAAUAACCGAGUCUUCUGGUGUGACCGUUUUCAUCGGAAAAUCUACAGUGCCUUCAUCCACGAGGCCAGUGACCCGUCUCAGCAGGUCCAACUGGUGGAGUCGUCGCUGCAAACCCCAGCUGGUCUUGCUCUGGACUGGCUGCAACACAACCUGUACUGGACCGAUUCUGGCGACAAAUCCAUCUCCGUGGCCUCAGUGGACGGCACCAAGAGACGUGUCCUCAUCAACACAGAUCUUAGUGAGCCCAGAGCCAUAGCGCUGGAUCCUCAUCACGGUUUUAUGUACUGGUCGGACUGGGGCACAAGAGCCAAGAUAGAGAAGGCCGGGAUGAACGGAGUGGACCGGCAGGUGCUGGUGGCUGAUAACACUGAAUGGCCCAACGGCAUCACUCUCGAUGUAGCUAACCGGCGUCUGUACUGGGUGGAUUCCAAGCUGCACCACAUAGCCAGUGUGGACCUGAACGGAGCUCACCGCAGAACACACAUGGCAUCUGCGGAGAGGCUCGGACACCCCUACGCUCUGGCUGUGUUCGAGGAUCGUAUCUACUGGACAGACCGAGACAAGGCGUCCGUCUUCAUGGCCAACAGGCUGACGGGUCAAGACAUUCACACUCUGGCCGAAAACCUCAACGAUCCGCACGACAUCGUGGUCUUCCACCAGCUGCGACAGCCUCAAGGUUCGGACAGCUGCAAUCUGGGCAGCGUGGCCAACGGAGGCUGCGAGUACUUAUGUCUUAAAGCGCCACAGAUUACCGAGCACUCUCCUAAAUACACCUGCGCCUGCCCCGACGGACAGGAGCUCGGCCCUGAUAUGAGGGCUUGUGUGCCAGCGCCGAGGAACGACAUGCCGCGCUCACCCUCACACGCACUCGCACCCGCUACCGCGGCAACGCGAGACUUCCCGCCACCUUCUGAGGGAGCCUCGCCGGCAGACGCCACCCCGCGUUUGACCACGACACCUCUCGCUGCCCCGGAGCCGCACGCGCCCCUCGGCACGCUCGAGGCAGUGUCGUCGCGGGAGUCCGAGGCGACCGGAUCGCACUCAACUGCCACCGUCGCCGUGGAGGCCAGCACACUCGCGGGCGACAGCGGCGUGUCGCAACACUCUGGAAGUGAGCAUUUCCUCCUGGGAGAAAACCUGACGGUGGCUGUUUUGGGAGUGGUCAUCCCCAUUGUUCCUAUCGUUGCCACAGUGGUGUUGGGCUUGGUCUGCGCCGGGGUCUACCUGCUGUGGCGGAACUGGAGGCGCGAGUCCACCAAGAGCAUGAAUUUUGACAACCCCGUCUACCGCAAGACCACCGGCGAGGGCGAGGACGACGAGAUCCACAUCGGCCGGACCGACGGCGCGGGGCACCACGUCCACCCCCGCCACCUGUACCCGCAGGGCGCGGGCAUGGGGGCGGUGAGCUCGGCAGGCGGCACCUGCCCGCAGUUCAUCGCCUUACCGCUCGGGGGCAGCGUGCCCGAUCCGGGGGCUCAUUGGUAUACGGAGCAGCCCGUGCUCUCCACCGCGUGAGACAGAAGCGGAGGCUUCGGGGGACAAGAUGGCCGCCGUGGCGUGCGCGUACAGGGAGGUCAGAGGUGACUGAGGUCACACAUCAUCAAAUGCCAUCCGCAGCCAUGUUCUGUGCCAAUUUUCAAAGUUCCAUGGCUUCUGUUCGCUGGAGCCGGAUCUAUUUUUCUCGGAUGAAGUCACGUUUUGCAUUGACGGAGUGUCUGUUGUGUGUCGUCCGUUUUGUAAGCAAACUGGUGAGUGUUUUGUCCUCGAUGUGUUUAUUUGGGAUUGGUGUUGGGCCGGAAAAGCUCCGAAAUUAUGGAUCUGCGUUGAUGGGACAAUCUGUACAGAUUACGCGCCGAUGAAUUGAGAAGCGUUAUUCUUAUUUGACCUUCAGCACUUGACAAAGUGAAAGGCUCUUCAUUGUGCAUGGAGAGGAAAAAGCGUCAUCGGAGCAGAAAUAAUGACAAACCGGGUUGCUUUUUUCGUCACUGUGACGUUUCAAUAUGAUGCGGUUCCAAAGGAGCAAUAUAUCGCAAUCGUGCGUUUGCCUGUAAUUCACAUAAAUGCACACAGCGAUAGAUGAUACAGAGAGGAUGCGAUGUGCACUUGCGCUCCCGGGCAUAAACACGCAUGAGUGCACGCACGCUGUUUCUCCUGCAAACAUGGCUGACAUGUGAGCGGGAGGGCUCGCUCAGCAGGUGGCUGCUGCAUCGUCGUAUGAUAACGCAAACAGUGCACCCCCUCAUACUCCAGCGCAUUCACCUAUUCAUGCAUUUUUUCCAACCAUUUUUAAUUUUGUGAUUUUUUUUCCUUUUCAAUGUUUUUUUGCCCGCCCCAAUGAAACGAUAAUGGGUGUCAAUUGUCGUCCGAUCUUUGCUGUUCGUGGUCCGGCCCGGUCGCAAUUGCGGGGGUCCGCUGCCCAAUUUUGACACUGUGUUGCUGACCCUGGAAACAUUGUGAGUACGCGCGUUUGCGUGUGCGUUGACUGUGAUGCAUGCGAGUGCUAAUGUUCACAUUUGAAGUGUUUGGACGCUGUGUGUUGCACAACCCUCCUUGAACGCCUUCUGUGUCGCACGGAAGUUUGUGAAGCGGUGCACAAUGUGGAAGAUGAAUGGAUGCAUGAUUGGGAUUGUCACACACGCACACACAGUGAUGAGGGUUGCUUUUGGACUCAUUGAUAUGUAAAUAUGUUUUCAUAAGGUUUUUGAUAAUGUAUAAUAGCCUCCAAUGAUGUAAAAGACAAGCUGUACAUAAGAUUUUAGAGAAAGUGUUGACAGGUAUAUUAAUUUAUUUGUACAAAGCGAGCACGGCAUUCCCUGCUUGUAAGAAAUCCAAAUUCUUCACCAAAGUUGUCAGUGUCGGUUCUGAUCGUGCAUCACUCAGCAUCGCUUUUUUCCGAGCCAGCCUUAUUUUUGUGUUAGUCCAUGUAAAACUGCGGACCCUCUUGACAUUCUUCCUCCUCACAAUUCACAUUACAUCACAUGCAUUAAUGUUGCAAUUACCGUAAAUGUGUUCGUUUGUGCCUUUUUCUUUUGUUGUUGUUGCUUUUUUGCUUUUCUCGAUUACUGUUUUCAUGAAGACGCUGGACAAUUGCAAGAACAAAAACCAAACUGGUUCCACAUCUUGAUUUUUGGUGUCCCUUUUAAUAUCUCUAUAUAUUGGUACAUAAAAUUUGACUGGAAAUGUUCA